GAAGGAGUAACAGCUCUCAACGAACUACAGGAGGAGGCUGGGUUUUAUCGGAUUAAAGGAAUGCUGGAUGAAUUGAAAUUCAAUUCAGAAAUUCUGACGAAUAACGAACACCGAGACUUAUUGUUGGGGUGGCUUCCCCACCAGAAUACAGAGAAGAGGCGACGACGCCUUUGUCUGCUUUUCCGCGCUUCUCGAGAUGGCUUUUUGGCGUCAACGUUUCACUCCAAAUGCGACAAUAAGGGACCCACGAUCACUAUUGUUCAGAGUGAGGAAAACAUAUUUGGUGGAUUCACUGAAGAGUCUUGGAGCAGUAAGUACUCGAGUAUUGUGAGAUUUGUGGAAACAGAUAAAAGAAACUGAUGCAACCAGACUAAUGAUUAAAAUGUAAUAAUCGUUCGCAAGAAAUUGGAGAAAAUACGUCAAAGAAUCAUCGAAGGUGAUUUAAUCGCUGGCUCCAAAGCGAGCUUGUGAACGGUUUUUCAUUCCCAAAAGAAAAAAAUUGACUGUCGUUUCUAGGAAAAAUAUGGAUUUAUGAAAGCGAGCUUGUCGCGUGAUUAGAAUUUGCUUUGUUUUUAAUAAAGUAAUGCACCGUCGAUUCAGAGAAAAAUAUAGAUUAGUGAUGUUGUACACAACGUUUCCGAAAAUGAUCAUGGCUCUUUUUCUGGUAACAUUAAAGCUGCUUCAGAAAGUUUUUAAAUGAGCCACAAGUGCCCCGACGAGAAAGCGAGUUUUUGUCUCUUUUACUUGCCAAAACGAUAUUUCAAUGAUUGUGUAUUCCAAGAAAUUAAAUUUGCCUGCUUUCAAAGCCAAAAGUUCUAGUAUUUCAUUGGCUGGUAUUUCAUUAAAGCGAUGACGUAGUGUGCCCUAAUUUCUUUUUCGAGGAAGUACUUAAUAUACAUGUGUCACAGACAACGUACGCUUUACAUUAACUUAUUACUUAUCCAGAAUUGCCAGACUCUUACGAAAUUUCGCUUGAAAACAUUUUUUGAGCGUCGAAGAGUAACCGUUUGAUUUUCUUCAUUCUGAAUACGUCUCGCCCGGUGGCUGUUGAAGCAACACGCGGUUCCACGAAAAGACAUAGUAUACUUAGUUUUGACUCGGUAGCGGUAGCGCUUCAUAUAUGAAUUCGUUUCAUUCGAUGGAAUCGUAUGCUCAGUUUACCGGUGUUACGUUAUUUUCUUCUUAAGAAAAUGACGGCUAAAAUUACUGAGAUAUACUGUUUUAAAUAUACUAAAUCUCGUUUUCUUUUUUCGGUUUCCUCAAGUGCAAUACGGAUACAAUAUCUGUUUGUUUCCUGAAGGACAGCUGUUAAGAUGACGUGACUAAGGUGGAUCUUGCGCUGACAUUUCUGUCAAUAUUUUGCCUCUUUGUUUGUUAUUUCUUCUCUGAACUUAUAUAGAAAUGAAGACGAAGCCCCCCACUCGAUUAGCACUGAACAUAAGCUAACAUCCUUGCCUUGAAUAUACACAGUCAACCUAAUCGUGGAAUUUGAAGUUGUCUUUCUUUCUUUUUUCCUCUAAUUUUUAAGGUAAAAUGCUUUUAUUUACACUCUACAGUCUCUUCAACUUUUCUGUCUGCUUUACGGUCAUUCAGCAUAAGUAGUGUUUUUGAGCAAAGCAGAUCUGUUAGCUCGGUGCAACAGACCAUUGAGUAUGACCGCUAGAGUGCGAGCAAAAGAGUAAUGCAAAAUCAAAGCUUCGUAUCUCCACUUCUGUGUUUCGUGCUUUGUUCCAGUGGGUUAAAAUGCGACUUCACCGACUUUCCUAUCCAGAUACCUAAUUACUGGGAUACCUAAUUACUGGGAUACCUGUGGUAGCCCAGUCAUAAAAUGCCUUUGUUUUUUUGUCGUCUUUUUUUUUUCCUCCGCCACAAAAUGGAAAAAUUGCGCAAUAGUACCCAGAGGUCAUUGGGCCCUCAACACCAUGACAACUAACUGUGAUCCAAUGAGGUGUUCACAUGCUGAUCACGCGUGUUAUCCCUCAACACCAUGACAACUAACUGUGAUCCAAUGAGGCGUUCACAUGCUGAUCACGUGUGUUAUCUUGAUGAUGAUUGACGUUGUCAUGCACAGACAGGGUCGGGUCACAUGACGAAUCACGAGAUUUUGCUCAUAAAACUCUUUGGUCAGUUGUUUUGUAUUUCAACGUAUUUGGAUUGCGAUUUCCUGGAGCUUUAUGGCGCAAACGCGCAAAAUACUUACAGACGCAUAUACAAGUCGUUUUAAUCGCGGCUAAUCCACACUGAAAGAUGUUAUUGAGCGGUAAUUUUGGAACGGAUUGAGUCACGAACGCUUGAAAGCCUUGAAUGCCUUGUACGCCAAGUAUGCCAAUGUCUUAGUUGAAAAACGUUCACUUGUUGUAAAAAGCAAAAUAUGAAAUCUGAAACCAAACUGCAUAUACUCUGUGCAAUCUAUUGAACAACGCUACUACCGUGAGACUGAAGAACAUAACUAUAAUGGAUGCAAACUGCUUGUGAAGAAAGACGACAUGUUGCAUUCACUUGAUGGCAAGGAACGUAGCUACGAUAACAGUACGAAUGGUAUUAAUUUCACGAUCAGAAAGGUGAAUCUUAUGUUUGUUUUCAUUGUAGUUGCAUGGAUAUUCUUUUUUUAAUAAAUACGUGAUCCAAAACCCUGUGUUUUUUGUGUAUGUUAUUAUGUUAAAUAUUGUUUACGCAAUUGUCUCGUCACAGGCAGCCCAAGCUCACGUCUCGACAAAAUCGAAAAAAAAUGAACGCGUCACGCGUUGUUUGUGACUCGACUUGUGUUAAGUUACAGUGUGUAAUAACGUGAUCUGGAAUUUUGUCGGAGGAACCCUGCACGUUAUAAGGAAUAGUAUAGGGUUGGAUAAUUAUGAAGGGCACACAAGGAAAUGUACAUGGGAACGAAGAAACAACUCAAGUAAAUCGAUCUCAAAAUGGUCGAUUUACAACGAUACAUAUUUCGAAAUAUGAACAUUUUUCUCGUAAAAUCAAUAAAAAAACUUUACCCUCGCCUUAUUGCAUUUUCAUGUUAAAUACAAAUAAAUCGUAAAUUAAAUACCAGUCUGAGUUUCCGAGACCCUGUGUAUCCGUUGUAUUUUCUGGCGAUUUCUGCCGUUUUAAGCUACUUACACGAACUCCCACACCAGUUUGCAAUAUUUUGGUUCCACCGCUUACGUCACGACUUCUCGCUAUUGUUUUUUACCAUCACUGGUAUUCACGUCAUCUAUCUCAACUUUAAUUACGUUGGUAAAAUCUGUACAGACUCACACCAACCAACUCGCGCACAAAGUAAGAAGACUAUAUUGAAGGCUUGAAAUAAUAUUGCGAUCGAUUUUCAUCACGAAAUGGGCCAGGAAUAUUCCACAAUAGUGCAAAUGAUCGUGAAGGCGGAUCGCAGAAAAGCGAUUGCGUGACGCUCGGUAAGCUGUAAGAUGACAUGUUAUUAUAUACCAGACGUAAAAACUCUUCAGAUUCUUAGUCUGCAUUUUGUACCCACUCUGCAGUCUGCAGUCUAUAUUUUGUGUCCGGUCUGCAGUCUGCUGUCUGCAUUUUGUAGUAACAGGUAUCCGUGGCACCAAUACAGUUUAUUUUUGGUUAUAAUUUAUUCGCAAAACACACAUAAUCUACCACAAAAUACCUGUAAGUGAGGUAAUUCGACAUUUUCGUUCUUUCCCACAUUAAUAUUCUUCUCUCCUUUUGUAAGAAUGUAGACAUCACUCACAAUGUUUCAAGUAAUCCACCCACCCUACAAAAAAGUAACUCUUGCAUGCAUAGCAUGCCUAUGUUUUGAAAUAGGUGUAUGCCCUUGGCCAGACUUGAGCGCGCUAUUUCAGUAUACUAGUCCGAUACCCGUAGUAUCACUACACUUGAUUCAAGGAUCCAGUACCAUCCAGGUAUCCCAGUUACCCUGCUCACAGGGUCUAGUUCUCUAAAAAAAAUUGAAGGCAAGAAAGCACAAAUUCAACUUUAUUUACAAGUAGGCCUAUAAAUUCUUCAAAGCCAUCACCCGGUUAACUUGAAACCACCACGAAUGACAGCGCAGUACAUUUCUUUCAAAUUUAAUUUCACCAUUUAUUUUUUCUGCGGUAGCUAGAGAAAAAUUUUCCUAACUUAACUGAGGCAAUUUCGCUUUUUUGAUAAGCGCGUGUAACUUCGUUCGUAUACGGAUUUGAAGAUCCGUAACCUCAAAUACCACUAUUGGGAUGCCUGUGCACAGAGUCGCGAAGACCGCACAAGGAUAACUUCAACUUUUACAAAAAAAUUACUGAGGGCUGAUAGUCUCCCUGCAGAUCACCGAGUAACAUAAGUGCGAACAGGAUUAUCUACCUGUGCGUUAACCAAUGAAACUUUCAUUUCGUUUUCAGGUCAAGGAGGUUACGCAAACUGCAAGGAAGCAUUUUUGUUCAGCAUGGUCAAUCCGCGUGGCCUGAAACCAGCCAAAAUGCCACUUAGUCAAGAUGGUCAAAAGUACGCCAUCUGCUGUAGAAGUGACUAUGGACCAACGUUUAGGGGAGGUAGGGACGGGCACGACCUGUACAUCUCAGGCAAUGUAAACAUUUCGGCUUCAAGUUCAGUUUGUCUCGGCGACGCUUAUGAUACUUGCGAUGCUUAUAAAGGUUUAUAUGACACUAUUCUUAGAAGUGAUUACUUCUUUACGGGGAAAUCGAUUUUCAAUGUGACAAAUUAA